CAUACCAAAUGAGAAAAAACAGAACCUAUAUGGUGGCUUGAUGGGAUGGUUUGACUUCGAAGAUUGGGAAACUGAUCCUAAUGUGGAAAAGUAUGUGGAUGACAUGCUUCAGAAUAGCUAUAGGCAGUGGAGGAAUACUAUGCACAUAGAUUAUAAGAUGUUGAAGGCAGCUGGAAAAGAUCCACUUACCUCAUGUCCUUAUGACUGGAUUGAGCAAGAUGAGUGGAAAAGUAUGUGUGAUUGGUUCGAAGAUCCUAUAUUCAAGAAAAAAUCAGAAGCCAAUACAAAGAACCGUGCCAUGUUACCCUAUCCGCACACUGGCGGUUCAAAAUCAAAUCAUGUUCGAGCACAAGAGAUAGUAUAUUACUGA